CGAGCACAAUGGAAUGCAACACCUCGAACUGGAACGGUUAAACCUGUGACGUUGAACAAGGACAGACAGAUCGGAACUACUAUGGAGAUGAACGGGACGGAAGCACGUGGCGAGGAAGCAAUAUCGCUGGCGUUGAGCGUGGCCGUCACCGUCAUCUCCGCUGUUGGAUUGUUGUUAAACGCUUACAUAUUGUUCGUCAUAGUUAUUACUAAACAGCCGGCGUCGGCAUCGUCUGUGCUGCUCGUACACCUGGGCGCGGUGGGCGCGCUAGCAAGUGGCGCGGCGCUGUGUUGGGGCGGCGGUGCAUGCGCGUGCGGCGCCUUACUACACGCGCUGCACCCAUUGCAGCUGUGGACUGUGUGUGGUCUACACGCCGACCGGGCCGCCGCCAUCGCCGCGCCACUGCACUACGCCGCCAUUGUCUCUGCGAGGAAGGCUUUGAUAUGUCUCAUCGGAGGAUGGAUGGCAACUGCAGCCCUCUUGGCACCGCUAGCAGCAGCACAACCACCACUUACGUACAACAUGGGCCUCGGAAUAUGCACACCGGACUGCGGCGCGGGACCUACGGCCCUGGGAUUCUGUAUAAUCUAUUCUUUUCUAACUCUGUUAUUACCCACCACACUUGUUCUGGUUUGUAGUUUAAAAAUACUACGUAUAGCCCGUUAUCAUCGACACAGGAUCGCAGCUGCUAUUUACGAAGUGACACUAUCGGCGCAAGUGACAGUCACCCAUCAACGUAACCCAUUCUCUCCUCCACCACCACCUCGACGUCGUGCGUUGUCUGCGGUACUACAACCUCUCGGAUCUCUGGCAUUACUCUACUUUCCCUAUUAUUGUAUUUUAAUAUGGCCGGCAGUUGCCAUACCACCACAAUCGCUAGCUGCUUUGUCAGCGGCACUUCUAGCGGCUGCUCCUCCCGUCAAUGGCAUCUUAUAUGGUAUCCGUAGUAGAGCACUAAGAGACUCACUUCGAAAUUAUAGGAGAAAAAGGAUGACAAAAAGUGAAGUAACUCAAGAGAUUCAGGCUCGGACACCCAGCGCCUGUGGAUCUAGAAGACCGUCAUUAUCGGCGGGCUCGGGGUGCAUCCGUCCACCGACUACAAGGCGGCUCUCCGAUGCUGCGGCGAUGGGGUCUCGAGGAUCGGAAAGACCAGCGCAGCGAGCCGCAUCGUGUAAUAUGUUGCAAGAUUCUCAGGAAGAAGAAUAUCCACGGCCGAGAUCGUCGGCCAUACCUUUGAUCCGUGCGCCUCCUCACGUUGUUUUAGGUCGGGCUCUGGGUCUCGAAGAAGGUAUUAGCAGAGAUCGGCGUCGUCGUCAAUCUCCUCGUAUCACCGUCACUCGAGCUAUGUCUGAUGAGAGCGAAUCGCCCUCUCGUCGUCCGCUGUGUCGCCAGCAGUCGCGCUCCAGCGGCGCCCUGCUGGGCACCAUGUCGUGUUCCAGGGCGCUCUCGGAAAACAUGCAACUCGACAAUGCGGCCGACGAACAAUUCCUGCUCUCUUGGCCUCAACGUGCUCAUGUCAAACAUGAGGUUUUAUAAAACGGGUAUAUUUAAAGUUAAGUCGUGCUUUUGAAAAUUAUGCGUACAAAGACAAUAAUGCGCGUACGGUUCGAUGUCAAAUUAUAUUUAUUGUUUCAACUGAUAUUAUUUUUAAAGGCUUUUUCGUCGACAUCUCUCGACAUUCCCGACCAAACUGACCAAACCGUUAACGUAUCCUCUAUUUUCUACUAUCGUAGGCGUAAUGAUUUACCUUACAGGGUUCCUCCAUAUCGUUAGCUUUACCUACUGAAGUAUUACUCUAGGGUGUGCUCCUAAAACUAUCUGAAAUAUUCCAUAGAUUUAAGAACGAUUUGAUGAGAUUAUUGAAUAUAUUUUUUGUUAAAUUAUUUUCUGUGAGUGUUUGUGUAACGAAUAAUAUGAAUAAUAAACGCAAAUAGUUAUUAUAGAUUGUUGGAAUGUAAUGCACCGAACUA